AUGGAUGGUCACGCGAGCACAACCAAUGGACUGAUGGAAGGCCACGUAGAACUGGAGGACAACAUCAACUUCUGGGCAUCAUUUGGUGUAAGCCCCCAUGUUGUGGUUGAGCCAGAUCACUCAAUCCAGCAGCAUGAACAGCAAAUGGAGCCGCAGCACAUGGCAUACAGUGAGCAGCAUCAUUCUCGCAGGGAGCUCUGCGCUGUGGAAGUCGACCCAAGGAUUGAACCCUACGUUGGAAUGGAAUUUGAUUCUGGAGAGGCUGCUAAGACCUUUUACAUUGCCUAUGCUGGGAAAGUAGGAUUCUCAGUUAGAAUUGCACGGUCUCGCAGAUCAAAAUGCAACGAAUCUGUCAUAAUGCUUCGCUUUGUCUGCUCCAAAGAAGGUUUCAGCAGGGAGAAGCGAAUCAUUGCUGGGAAAAAAACGAGGAAGAGGGCGGCAUCCAUAAGGGAGGGUUGCAAAGCAAUUGGGAAUGGGGUGCAUUACAUUGCCACAGAAGGUGAUGCAGAGUUGCUGCCAUAUGUUGGAAUGGAGUUUGAAUCUCUAGAGAUGGCAAAAACAUUCUAUUACGCUUAUGCCAGUCGUGUGGGAUUCGAAGCUCGCGUAAGGCAAUCGCGCCGUUCGCUGCAUGAUGAAUCGCUCAAGAUGUUAAAACUAGUUUGUUCUAAGCAUCGAUAUCACACCGGAAGAGACGAUAAUGGCGAUGAUGGAAGAAAAGGCUCGAAUCAGGAUCCAUCGAAGGAAGGUUGCAAUGCAUUGUUUGAGAUAGUUCGAAAAGAAGGCGAUGUUUGGAUGGUCUCCAAGCUUGAAUUGGAGCAUUCGCAUGAGCUGACGCCAUCUCCACCGAGCAAGGUGCGAUGUGUUCGUUCUCAGGGAGAGAUACUCGUUAUCGCCAAAAACUUCGCUGAUACCCGCAAUCUUCUCUUGAAUGGUCAAGACCCAUUGAAUUAUCCUCGGGAAAUUCGGUAUAACGACUUGGGGUCAGAGGAUGCCAAUAAUCUCCUAGAUUAUUUCAAGAAAACUCAGGCGGAUAAUCCUGCAUUUUUCUAUGCUGUACAGUAUGAGCAGAAUAACUGUAUGACCAACAUUUUCUGGGCAGAUGCUAAAGCUCGGAUGGCAUACCAUUACUUCGGAGAUGCUGUAACCCUAGAUAUGACCUACAAGAAUGAUAAAGAUUUCAUCCCUCUUGUUCUCUUCACUGGUGUUAACCAUCACCUGCAACCCUUAGUUUUUGGAUGCGCACUCCUUGUGGAUGAAUCAGAGACCUCGUUUGCGUGGCUGCUCGAGCAGUGGGUUGCGGCCAUGUUUUCCCGUCCUCCUGUCUCAUUGUUUACCAGUCUGAAUUGGGCCAUUGCCAAUGCAGUUGCAAAGGUCCUUCCUGACACCAGGCACUUUUUCUGUAGGAAGCACGUUGUAAGCACAAUCCUGAUGGAACUGUCUGCUUUAUGCUCGGCACAUCCGCUGUUCGAGGAGGAACUAACAAGAUGCAUUGAUGAAUCCCGAACAAAUGAGUCGUUCGAAGCUUGUUGGAACGCCAUACUUCUCAAGUAUGAUUUAAAUGACAAUGCAUAUCUGCAUUCAUUGUACGCUAUUCGAAAUAAGUGGGUGCCCAUAUACAUGCGAGAUACGUUGUGUGUACAAAUCUCUUCGUUGCAGAGAUCACAAACAUUUGAUAGGGUUAUUGAGAAGUACUGCAACUCGAAGACCCCAUUGCGUUUAGCAGUCCGGCAGCUUGGGCUGGCGCUUUCGAGUAACUGCGAGAAGGAGGCACAGGCGGAUUAUAUCAGCAUGUUUGACAAACCAUUUCUCAGGACUGCUUCUCCUAUGGAAAAACAGGCAGCUAAUAUCUAUACAAGGACAAUGUUUGACAGAUUUCAGGAGGAAUUUGUAGAAUCUUUGGCUUUCCAUGUUGACAAAGUAGAGGAUGGGAUGCCUAGCAAGUAUCAGGUGUCUAAAAUUGAGGAUGCUGAGGGUACCUACAAUGUUGUAGUUAAUGUUUCUGAAAAUAAAGCUCAUUGUAGUUGCUGUAUGUUUGAAGCAUCUGGAAUUUUGUGUCGGCAUGCAUUGAAAGUCUUUUUAAUACUAGGUAUUCGUACGCUUCCGAGAGAGUACAUCUUGAAGAGAUGGACGAAACAUGCCAAGCGUUCUUCUCUACAUGACGAAUUUGGUUUGGAUAUUCGAGUCAAUUGUGAAGAACCUUCAGCUGCGAGGUAUAGUGAUCUGUGUCAUGAUGCUAUCAGAUGUGCUAAAGAAGGAGCAACAUCUGCUGAAUUCUACAGCAUAGCCAAGGAAGCAUUUGAGAAAGCUAUAGGUGAGAUCAUAUCAGCUAAGCAGAAGAGGGGAGAACAAACUUUACAGAGUUUCAAAAUAGCCCAGAAGAAAAAUCUGAAGAGAACUGGCAAGACUACACCAAAGAAAGACUGUUCCAACAAGACAUUUAAGAGGGCAGCAGCACUAGAAGAAAAUGACUGCAUGUGACCAUCUCUUAGUAUUGCUUAGUUGUAUAGAGCUCUCGCUGUUAUUUGGAUUUCGGGCAUUAGGAAGGUAAGUGGAGGUUCAUGUUUAGUUUAAAUGUGUAGCAUGCUGUAGCCUGUAGAGCAAAUUUCUGUAAAAAUCAUUAACAAUAAUUUAUCACCAGUAUUUUUUGUUUUCUCUUUU